AUGUCCCGAUUCGUUCCAGCUGGGACCGAUCCCGACACACCUGAUGAUGCUUGGGUGAAGGCGCAGCAACAAGUCGAGUCUACUAGGAAACCUAAGACGGUGGAGGGAGGAGCGCAAGAAGGUGGCAAGAGUCUUUAUGAGGUGCUGCAAGCAAACAAGGCUGCUAAACAGGAGGCUUUUGAGGAGUCGGUCCGGCUCAAAAACCAGUUCCGUGCCCUGGACGACGAUGAAGUGGAGUUUCUCGAUUCUGUGCUCGAAUCAAGUCGAGCAAAGGAGAAUGCCGUCAAGCAAGAGACUGCCGAACAACUUGAGGUCUUCCGCAAGCAACGUGCCGCCGCCGAACAAGCGCUAAUGGGGGGUAACGAGGCCGGUAAACCUGGCGAGCCUGCGGACAAAGACUCAUGGGCCAUUAAAAAGAAGAAAAGACGUCGAGAGAAGAACAGCGAGUCUGAGGCUGAGCCCAAGUUGAGAAAGCUGUCAGCUGCUGAGACUGCUGCCGCUGAUGACGAUGAACAUAAUGCACCUGUGGAACGCACUUCGCCAGUCAAUAACCCAGCCAUCAAAGACCAGAUUGAGCCUCCUAUUACAACUAAGCACCCCCAACCAGCCACUGGACUCGGCCUGGUCGCUUAUAGUUCUGAUGAAGACGAGUAA